AUGGCCACUGGAGCUGCCGAUGGCUUUUUCCGGUUUGUCAACAACGGUUGUCUCUCCGGCAGCGACACUGGCAUCGAACGCAGGCCUUACCAUCGUAACUGCCGAUGUGCUCUUCAUAAUAACUCAAAAGGCUCUUGUCAUCAUGAGAUAUCUAAGUGUAAAACUGUGUCGUAUCCUAUUCGAAGGUCCUGGAGUGAAGGCUGCCUGGCUUUGGCUUCGGUUUCUGCUGCAGCUUCCGGCCAUUCCUCACUGUCAUCUUCUUCUUCUUGUUCUUGUUUCCAAAUGGGAAAGAUUCAGCAGCUUGGAUUGUGCAGCGACGUCGACGAGUAG